UGGCUGCCUCCCACCACUUGCUCUCUCCCAGGGUUGCCAAUUUUGGUACUAACGUACCAUAUUUGGUACUUUUUAACUCAAAAGUACGUUUGGUACGUCUUUCAAUAAAUUUGGUACUAAACUGUUUCCGUAGGAUUGUUCGAAUCUCAUAUUAGAAAAAAAAUCCCAACUGACUGACUGACUGUUUCCCAUUUCCUCCUGUAUGAGAUAUUUAAUUAAAUAAAAUACGCAUAUAUUGUGAUAAUAAUAAAAAAAAACAAUAUUUAUGUAAAUAACAUUACAUAUUUUCGUCAGUGUAAAUUAUAAAUAUACUAUAUUGUCGACUGAAGUCGUUGGGUUUGAGAUUCGGACACCUCUGCUGAGCCAAACCGUACGGAGUCGGACCUGACUACUAGUAUCCUACACGUACCAUACUCGUCAGAAUACAGGCGCCGCGUCUCAGACUCGACUGGUUCGUCAGUGUCUGUCAGUCUGGCGUGGGUUGUACCCCUACGGAUUACCUUCAGGAUUUUGUAGCGUGGGUGUCGUGAAACUGAUAAAAGUAAAACCACGUUUGUGUUAUAAUUACGGUGAAGGAUCAGAUUAUGCAGACAGUUUGCCCUAAGGACAGUAAAACACCUGCUUGUGCUCUUGGCUUUUUUUUAUAAAAUCUUCUAUCUAAAAUGAGCCGAAAGUGGACUCCACAGGAAAACACAAGAGGGGACGAGGAUUUACAUCUUUAGUCAAGGUAUCGCUUGUGGUAGUGGAGGUGGUGGUGAUGAACAUCCUGGCAACGCUGACCAAACUCUCCUGCGGCCACGCCAUUGAGUUCGGGCGGUGCAGCAGUGUGUCCGGCGACCCUUACUUCCACCCUGACGAGCUGGAGGGCCUGUGGUACGUGAUUGAGAUGUACAAGACCAGCAGCCGCUGCAUGACCAUCACCUUCCAGCGCACGCUGGACGGUUUCACGGGGACCGAGGUGAGGGAGCUGCUGGUGGGCCGGAGGGUUGGCCUGGACCAUAGCGUCUCCAACACCGGUGUCUUCACCUUCAAGAACAUAGACAACCCGGCGCUCAUGAAAGUCAGGUGGCCCUCAGUGUUCAUUGAUAAGCCCGCGGACGUGACGGUGGUGGACACAGACGGGGUUCACUUCGCGGUGCUGUACGAGUGUCAGUCGCUGUGGGUGCUGCGGCGCGCCUCGGCAGUCAUCCUGAGCCGCCAACCCUUCCUGGACGAGGCGGUGCUGCAGCGGGUCAAGGAGGACCUCGCCAAGCUGAACAUCAACACGGAGCACCUCACCACCAUCCAGCACGAUGACUGCCAGGCGCUGCACGAGGCGGACCUCAACAUUAACCUUAACACAGUCGUGCGCAUCAUGAAGCAGGGGUGGCAGAGCAGAGGACGCGGACUCGUCACCCACGUCACUAUACUGGACACCGUGAGGGCCUUGGCAGCCCCCACCACGCCGCCCACACCUACAGUACCAGUCAGGCCCGCAAGACCAGCAAAACCUGCCAGACCAACCAAGCCUACCACCAGACACUGAGGGGAAUACGGGAUGAAUGGAAGGGAGGAAUAGUUAUAUUAAGAUCACAGGGUCAUACUAAGGUUACAUUAUAUUGAGUUUAGGUUAUGGUACGUCAAGUUAGUGUAGGUACUCAUACAGAUACAGCCUUGAGAAAAGAAUGUAAUCUCUUAUUUAAUAAAAGUUCCCCUUAAUAAUAUUGGUUGGUUGUCAUUACAGCGCUACUGGCAGUUUCUUGGGUUUGCAGGGGUGUUGUCAUUAUAUCUCGCUUAUUCCUGUGGUGUCUUUCGAAAACAUUACCACAGUUUGCACCACAUUUCACCAAGUUUAAGAUGCCAUGGCAGUCAACUUCGGACACAUCAUUUUCUCUGCAAGUAACUUUUUUUUUUUUUUUCACUCAUGUCACCUCUUUACUCAUCGUACACUUAUAUGUUACUACGAGAAACACUGCAAUCCUUCCUUCAUGUACCCUGCCACGAC